AUGCGUUUUUUCAAAACAGCAGUCCUUGUGGCCGCCUUGUUCGCAACGACUGUGAUAGCAGGAAUGGAACAGUUGGCGGCCGUUUUACCCUCGUGUGCGCUGGAUUGUAUGAUGACUUCGGUGUCGCAAUCUUCCUGCAAGACAACCGACCAGGCAUGCCUGUGCAAUGAUGUACAUUACACGGCCGUUCUGCAGGAGUGUGUUCUUGCCAAUUGCACAAUUCGAGAAUCUCUAACUACAAAAAAUGUCACGACAUCAGCGUGCGGGGACCCGAUUCGGGAUCGCACAAAGACUGUAUCUUAUGCAGGGGUUGCAGGCGGAAUUAUAGCCCUUUGCGCUUUUAUUCUCCGGAUGGUGGCUCGAUUUAGAUGCUGUGGUGGCAUUUUUGGAGCGGAUGAUUGGACAAUGGUGUUGACAAUGGCCUUUCUCAUACCACUUUCAGCACUCUCGGUCGUCUUGGCCAACACAGGUUUGGGGAAGGAUAUGUGGACCCUUCCUUUCGACAAUAUCACUCAUAUUCUUUAUGUCUACUUUUGGGAUGAAUUGUUGUAUCUGAGCAUUCUCCCGCUGACCAAAAUAUCAAUUUGUUUUUUCUAUCUUCGUAUUUUCCCCGAUCGGAGGUUUCGGACAGCAACGUACGUGGUGAUUGCACUAAACGUCUCCUAUUGGAUCGCCUUUGUCUUGAUAUCGGUAUUCCAGUGUCGGCCUCUACCCGGAGCGUGGCAUCGCUGGUAUGGAGAGGAGAACUACAAAUGCAACCACAUCAACGCACAGGGCUGGUCAUCGGCAGUGCUUAACAUGGUUCUCGAUAUAAUUGUCAUGGCACUCCCUCUACGACAGCUAUACGGUCUGAACCUUUCCAUGAAACGGAAAUCAUUCGUAAUUUGCAUGUUCAGCCUGGGCAUAUUUGUCACCCUUGUCAGCAUCCUGCGGCUAAAUUCACUCAUUCACUUUGCCUCUACCACUAACCUUACAUGGGAUUAUGUGGCUAUAGGGUAUUGGAGUACUAUUGAAUGCGACGUUGGCGUUAUAUGUGCGUGUCUGCCCGCUAUUCGGUCUCUACUACGUCGUAUAUCUCCCCGAUUCUUUGGAGAUACUGAGCAAGCCAAAUCAUCAUCAUACGCUAUGAACUCGCGUUCUCGUGGGACUUCUGUCCCUGUCCAGAACAAGAGUAGUGAUGGCCCAUUCUACCGGUUUGAUGACUUGGACCUUUCUGAUGAAGCCCGGCUACACCAUCCACAACCAGUGUAG